CCACCCCAGGACCCGCUACCGCAGACAUCUUCCUCCCCGUCGGGUGUUGGAGACAUGGCACCACCUUUCAUGCCCAAGUACACAGCUGCGGGUGACCCAGCGACUUCAGCCAGCCCUGCACUGGCCGUAAUCGACAAAGGGAGACAGAUCCAAGAAGGGCCACGCUCAACAAGCGUGGGCUCCUCCGUUCCCCUGGGGACCACACCUAAUCUAACAUAUGGCAACAGAGAGUUCGAGUCUGAGUGGGAACAAGCGCAAUGGAGGCCGAGAUCAGCGCCACGAAGGCCGAGAUCAGCGCCACAAAGGCCAAGAUCAGUGCCACGGAGACCAAGAUCAGUGCCACGGAGGCCAAGAUCAAUGCCACGGAUAACGUGGCUGUAGAUUCACAAAUCCUUAUAUUGUACAACCAGCAGUUGUUGGCUCUUAACCAUCAAUUGGUGGAGCUCUACCGCCAGAAGGGGUUCGAGAAGCAGGAAGGUACAUGUAUAUAGAUGUAGUAGUAAAGCCAUUGCA